AUGAUAUAAAUCGUCAGUGAACAUGUGCAUGCAACGAACAGUUUGACCUCCGGCAGAUGUUCGGAUGAUUCUCUCCAAAUCCUCCCUUUUUGGAGCGGCGUCUUUGCGCGCCCCCGCGUCCCCUCAUGUCCCGAGCCCUUUUCUCUAUCGGCGCGCGUCCCCGCCGCUGACUGCGCUGUGCGCUCGGAGCAGCUGUCGGUCGGUCGGUCGGUCGGUCGGAGAGAAGCUGCGGGGUCCAGACGCGGACGCGGAGACAUGGACGCACUGUGAUCCAUUCGUUUCUGUUGGAGCCAGCCCCCUCUUCGCUUUGUCUUUGCCUCUGCGGGGACUUUGGCGGAUGUCUCGGGUGGAUUACAUUGCGCCCUGGUGGACUUACUGGCUCCACAAUUUCCCCCACAUCAACCUGAGGUUCCAGCCCAUUGACAACAGCUUCCAGCCCGAGGAGGAGAACUACCAGCAGUCUCUCAUAUUCCUGGCCUGCGUGGUGGCCGCGGGGCUCGGCGUCAACCUGCUGUGUCUCGCCAUCUACCUGAGCUGCUUGUGCUGCUGCCGCAAAGAUGAGGAGGAGGAGAGCAAGAAGCCCAACUCCUGCUGCGUCACCUGGUCCGCGGUGGCUGCCGGCCUCAUCACAUGCGUCGCUGUGGGUGUGGGUUUCUAUGGCAACAGUGAGACGAACGACGGCGUGUACCAGUUGACCUACUCCCUGUACAACGCCAAUCACACGCUGGGCGGUGUGGACAGUCUGGUCACCGGCACCAUGGGCAACAUGAAGACGGGCCUGCACCAGCACCUCGCGAGGCUGGACGAGAUCUUCGCCACGCGCGGCGACUACGUGCAGACGCUGCAGUUCAUGCAGCAGAUGGCGGACAACGUGAUCAAGCAGCUGCUGGGCCUGCCCGACUGGGUGGACGCUAACGUGGACCUGGCAACCAUCGCGGAUCAAACGGCGAGCGUAGAGUACUACAGAUGGCUCACCUACCUGCUGAUCCUCAUCCUGGACCUCAUCAUCUGCCUGCUGGCCUGUCUGGGCCUGGCCAAGCAGUCUCGCUGGCUGCUCACCACGAUGAUGGUGUUCGGAGUGCUGACGCUGGUCCUGAGCUGGACGUCUCUGGGAGCCGACCUGGCCGCUGCUGUGGGCACGAGUGACUUCUGCGUGUCCCCAGACAAGUACGUCAUGAGCCAGACAAAGAGCAUCGUCGGCGCUGAUAUUGUUCAUUACUACCUUUACUGCAACCAAACUCUCUCCAAUCCUUUCCAGCAGCCUCUGACCAUCUUCCAGAGGUCCCUGACCACCAUGCAGAUCCAGAUCCAGAGUCUGCUGCAGUUUGCCGUGCCUCUGUUCCCCACAGCUGAGAGAGACCUACUGGGUAUCCAGAAUUUGCUCAACUCCUCGGAGGCCAGUCUGCACCAGCUGACCGCCCUGCUGGACUGCAGGGGGCUCAACAAGGACUACCUGGAUGCGAUGGUGGGGGUGUGCUACGACGGGGUGGAGGGGGUGCUCUACCUCUGCCUCUUCUCCGUCCUUGCGGCCUGUGCCUUCACUGUCAUGCUGUGUGCCAUUCCCAGGGCAUGGAGACAAAUCGCCUGCAGGGAGCGGGAUUACGACGACAUCGACGAGGAGGACCCGUUCAACCCCCGGGCGAGGAGGAUAGCCUCCCCGAACCCCAACCACGCCAACAUGCACAGCUUCUGCAGCUACAGCAGCAGCAUAGGCAGCCAGAGCAGCCUGCACCCGCCCGCCCCCGCCGCGGCCCACGCCCCCAUGACCGAGUACAUGAACCAGACGCCGGCGCUGUUCGGCGGAAACCCACGCUACGAGAACGUGCCACUGAUCGGACGUGGAUCUCCGCCCCCUUCGAUAUACUCUCAGCAGUAUAGAAACAGAUACUCCCCCAGCAUGAGGGCCACCUACCUGUCCAUGACCGAGGAACAGAUCCGACACUUUGGGAACGACUUCCAAGCAUAGACUUCUUUAUUUCUCCGAGGAGGAGAACAGCAUCAACGCAAGCAAACACACACACACACACACACACACACACACACAAUGGAGUGUGUUGUGUGUCUUCUCCAAGCGUCGCGAAGACCAACAGUGCAACAUCUCCUUGGUCUCAGGACAACAUCAGAACCGCGUCCGUGCUGUUCUCCGUGCGUUGUGCCGCGCUCAUUAAUGAUUCAAUCUCACCUUUGUGCCCCCAGAGUCCCUUUGUGGAAGAAAUGUGCCCCGCUCUUAAUCUGUCGUGCUCCCUUGUCACCUGACGCACGUCUUGAAAUACGAACUGCUUAAAGCCGCCUUGUUGUCGGUGCGAGUCCGUCGGGUUAAACAUGGAGAUGAAACAGAUGAUUCAUAAUUUGGGUGGAGCUGAACACGUCCCUGAGCUGAACAAACUUAAUUUACAUCCAAGUCUCCGAAAGUGAAAAAAAUAUAUAAUCACGCCACAAUGUUUUUCUACGUAUUAUGCUUCGUGCUUGGUAUUUUGUGAAGCACAGACCCCGCACCGCCGGCACACAGGAGCGGGUUCUGCCGCGUUAUAAUUUAUUUUCCCUUCAUCCACGGACACGCCUGCGGGGGAAACUUUAACGUUUUGGAAAGUCUCCGGGCGAUGAGGCCACGACGUCUGUAAAUAAAAGUGUAAAUGUACAAUAACGGACCGUUGUCUUACUCUGAUUUGAUUUUCUUUUUUUAAACAACGUGCCAUUUAAAAAAAAAAUAUGUGUCACAUAGGAUCAUUUUUCUUUUCUUCCAAAGGGCCAUUAAUUCAUAUCGUCCGUGUAUCUAAUUCAACUAAUGCGAUGAAGAUCCUGCUGUAAUUCGUUGGGAAGCUGCGCUGCACUAACUGUAAUUAACGAGACUAUUCAGGUAAUUGUUUGCAACAGAGCACGGUUGACGUGACUAACAGUGUUUGUGUUUUUCUGUAGGGGGGUUGUAAAACAUGCAGCGUCUGAAGAUUUGUGUCGUGUCCUUCAGCAUGUUACACUGUACAGGCACUGAGAGUGGUGCUUAAUUCCGUGUGUGUGUGUGUGUGUGUGUGUGUGUGACCUCCGACUGUGGCCGGGGUCUUAAUUGUGAGUUGAAUAAACCAUUUUUUUUUUUGGAGUA